GAAGUGGCGCCGCGUGCCUGCAGCUCUCUGCGCCGCGUGCAGCCGCAGAGUCGUGUGAGCUGCGCUGCGGCUCCGGAUCGGCGGAAAAACCCGAGACACUUUCUCCUCUCUGCGUGUCGGUGAGGCUCCGGACCGAGCGCGAGACCUUCAGGAAGACCACCCGCAUCGCAGCAUCCUCAUUGGCUGAGACAAGGCUGGAGGCGGAGUCAGAGUGAGGGCUGUGCCGUGGGCGGGACUUCCUCCAAGCGAGGGGACGAGAUGCUGCCGACUACCUGCUCCGCCCCCUGCAGCGUCACCUGGCUCUGGGGCCUCCUGAUGAUCCUGACAGCUCCUCCUGAAGCUCUUGGGGGCGACCAGAUGGAGCCGUGCGCCGGGCGGGACUGCUCCACCUGUCAGUGUUUCCCGGCAAAAGGAGCGAGGGGUUCUCCUGGUGGUUUGGGGCAGCAGGGUCAUCAGGGGCCUCCGGGCUUCCCGGGGCCUCUGGGGCCUCCAGGAGAAAAGGGCCAGAGAGGAAGCGAAGGGCCGACAGGAGCCGGAGGACUGAAAGGAGAUGUGGGAAGCGUCGGUGUUCUUGGUUUUCCGGGUUUAGAGGGAGUCCCGGGUCACCCGGGUCCUGCCGGAGGUCCGGGUUUUCCAGGUCUGGAUGGAUGUAACGGGACCAGAGGGCAGAGAGGAGAUCCGGGACUUCCUGGACAACAAGGACCUGACGGAGAACCGGGCUUUCUAGGACUGAAGGGUUUUCCAGGAGAUCCGUCAGUUUACGUCAUCCAGUUUCCUGGAGAACCUGGAGACACCGGGCCCAGUGGACUUCCUGGUCUGCAGGGUGAGCAGGGACCCCCUGGUCCAGUUGGAGGUCUGGGUCCAGCAGGACUGGACGGGACCGAUGGUCUCCAUGGUCUGUCUGGUUCCAGAGGUCCACCUGGGGAAAAAGGUCGAUCUCUUCCGGGACAGAAAGGAGACGAGGGGGACCAGGGCCUCCAGGGGCCCCCGGGGCCUUUUGAGUACGUCGACCCUCCAGAAGACCUGUACAUCAAAGGAGAACAGGGUCCUCAAGGUGUUAAAGGAGUCUGUGGGGCCAAGGGGCUGCCGGGUCUGGACGCUCUCCCAGGAAUCAAAGGGGAGAAAGGGAUUCUGGGAUUCCCUGGGCCCAGGGGAUUUUCUGGCAGCCGCGGUUUGCUAGGAGAAAAAGGAUUCAAGGGGAUUCAAGGAAGUGCAGGUCUCCCAGGUCUGAUUGGACGAGAAGGUCCUAAGGGCAUGAUGGGAGAUCCAGGCUCUAAAGGCCUCCCUCAGGAGGUGGACAUCACACACACAGGUGAAGACGGGGCCCCCGGGCCCCCCGGACUGAGCGGCCCUCCAGGUGACACGGGGCUGAUGGGAAGGCAGGGACCACCAGGAGCGCCCAGCAGAGCCAUACCCGGUCCGCCCGGUGUUGUGGGUCAGAGUGGAGUUCCAGGAUCCAGGGGGGACAGAGGAGAUCCCGGUCAGGUCUUUCCAGAUGGAUCCACUCCUGGAGAACCUGGAAAACCAGGGAGUCCUGGACUUAGAGGACCGAAGGGAGAACCAGGGAGUCCAGGUCGGUACUGUCUUCCCGGGACUGUAGGAGAAUCUGGAGUGCCCGGUCAACAGGGACCUCCAGGGGCUCAAGGCUUCCCAGGGUUCAAAGGCACUAAUGGUGACUGUUCCUGUGGCCCUCCUGUUAUUCUGAGGGGCCCCCCUGGGCCAGUGGGUGACACGGGGUAUUCUGGGUUUCCAGGAGUCCAAGGAGCCCCAGGGCAAAGAGGAGAGAAUGGUUUACCUGGAGACACUGGAGAGGUUGGACAACAGGGUCUAGGUGGAUUUCCAGGUGUCAAAGGGUUCAAAGGUCAAAAGGGAGAUUUCAUUGUGGUGGAUAUUAUAGGUGAGAAGGGAAACAGGGGCCAGCCGGGCCUCACAGGAAGACAAGGAUUCUCUGGUAGAAGAGGACUUGAUGGGCUCCCUGGGGUCCCUGGAGACCCUGGUCCCCAGGGUGAAAGUUUCACAAGUUCUCCUGGAGACAGAGGCUUCCCAGGAUUUUUAGGGCCAAAGGGAUUACCUGGGCCCCCAGGUUCCCCUGGAGUAGGUGUAGUCGGUGCUAUAGGACAGCGUGGGGCUCCCGGGGACCCAGGACCUCCAGGAAUCCUUGGUCCCCCUGGGCCGAAGGGGGUUAUUGGUGACACUCUGCCUUGUGUAUCCAGAAACCCCGGCCCCCCCGGGGAGAAGGGAGACACUGGAAAUGCAGGUUAUCCAGGACUCUUGGGACCUUCCGGUUAUCCUGGCAUCACCGGACCUGAUGGAAUUAAAGGAGACAAAGGACAGUCUGGACUUCCUGGACUACCUGGAAGACAAGGACCUCGAGGUUUUGUUGGAGAUACCGGAGAAGAAGGACCCGAAGGCUUCAGUUAUGGUGGAGAUCCAGGCUCUCCAGGGAUCCCAGGCUAUUCUGGACUGCAGGGCCAAGCAGGGGACUCUGAGGUUGGGCCUUCAGGACCCAUCGGCUUCCCGGGACCACUGGGCUCUCAGGGACCUAAGGGAGUCCCUGGCCCCCCCGGCAAUGAUGGACUACAAGGUACCCUUGGUCUGGCUGGGGGCCCUGGACCAAAGGGUCAGAGAGGACAGGAUGGAUCCCCAGGAAUAACUGGACCCCCAGGCCCCUCACCCAACUUCUGUGACAUAGGAAAACCUGGUUCACGGGGCUUCUAUGGCCCUCCGGGACCCAUUGGACCCCCAGGUUUUCAGGGGGAGAAAGGUGAGGUUGGUGCGUUGGGUCCACCAGGUUUUGGUCUUCAAGGCCCUGUAGGUAAACCAGGGUCUCCAGGUUUCCCAGGUUACCCGGGACCUCAGGGCUCCACUGGCCCCAUUGGAGAACCAGGACUGACAGGCCCUGACGGUCAGAAAGGUCUGCUGGGGCCCCAAGGCAAGUAUGGAGCUCCAGGGGCUCCGGGACAAACCGGAGCCCCUGGAGCUCCAGGGGCUCCGGGACAAACCGGAGCCCCUGGAGCUCCAGGGAGCACAGGGGAGAAAGGGUUCACUGGACGAGAUGGAGCUCAAGGAUGUGAAGGGCCUGAAGGAGAGAAAGGCUGUAAAGGGGCCCUGGGGCCUCCAGGAGAGACCAAGUAUAUCUCUAUCAAAGGAGAGGGAGGAAGGCAAGGACCCUCCGGCAUCAGCGGCUUCCCUGGACCACGAGGAAGUAAAGGUGUGCAAGGAGCUACAGGUAAGCCAGGUUAUCCAGGAAUCAAUGGACCCCCAGGCAUCAUAGGGCCUGCAGGAACACCAGGACGCUGCGGUACGUCAGGACAACCAGGACAACCUGGGCGUCCAGGACCUCCUGGACUCAUCGGCUUCCCUGGAGAGACAGGAGAUCCAGGUGACCUAGGAUGUCCAGGGGAAUCUGGAGAACCUGGUCGAGAAGGGUGUCCUGGACAGAAAGGUGAUAAGGGGGACUCUGUUGGUUCUCCUGGUCUACCUGGAGACAAGGGGCCACCUGGAGACUUUGGCCCGUCAGGACCUUCUGGACCGCGUGGAGAUCCUGGAGGACCUGGUUUCAUUGGGGCUCAGGGACACAAAGGAUGCAAAGGGGAUCCAGGCUACCGUGGAGACCUGGGUCAACAAGGUGUUAUCGGUCCAUCUGGUCCCAGAGGUCGUUCAGGUGGUUCGGGUCUUCCUGGCAAUGCGGGCACUGAUGGUCCUCCAGGACCGCAGGGAGGACCGGGACUCCAAGGUCCACCUGGACCGCUAGGACUUCAUGGACUGGACGGACUGAAAGGGGUGAAAGGGGACAUGGGGACCAGAGGUUUGGCUGUGCCGGGUCCUUCAGGUCUCAAAGGUCUACCAGGGGAUAAGGGUCCUCAGGGUCCUCCAGGUCCCUGUGGUCCAUCCCAGCCUGGACAAUCAGGAACCAAAGGCCCUCCAGGACCCAAAGGACCUCCUGGCACUUAUGGAUCUCCAGGUAAACCUGGACCAAACUGUAAAGAUCCAGUCCCAGGCCCUCAGGGAGAUCCUGGUUGUCCUGGACCAGAUGGAGAGCCAGGUUGUCCUGGGGAUAUGGGGAAUCCUGGGCCAAACCCUCCAGUACCUGGGGAUGAUGGAGACAACGGGGACACAGGGUACCGGGGGCCAAUAGGCCUACAGGGAUAUUCGGGUCCCAAAGGAUUUCUAGGCAUUCCUGGAGAUCGUGGAGUGAAAGGUAUGAAGGGGUCACAAGGUCUGAUGGGUCUACCUGGUAAUCGGGGUCCAAGAGGUUGUCCUGGUCCGGGAGGGCCUCCAGGACCAAAAGGAUUUGAUGGAUUGGUGGGUCUAAAGGGAGAAAACGGAGGAGUCUCCCCCUGCCCCACUCAUCCCCCUGCCCAACUGGGCCCCCCAGGUCCGCCUGGCCCUCCUGGUGACCUUGGAGAGGUCGGCCUCGUUGGAGAAAUCGGCCAGAAAGGAUUCAAAGGUAUGAGGGGAGCUCCCGGAUAUGAGGGACCAAUAGGUUUUGUUGGGCCCCCAGGUCCAGAUGGAUACCAAGGAGAGCCAGGUCUGCAGGGGGAGUAUGGAAAAGUGGGAGUCAAAGGUGAUCCUGGUCCAAUCGGUGACCGGGGUAUUCCUGGACAAUCCAAAAAGUUGAACUCAGGCUUCCUGGUGGUGAGGCAUAGCCAAUCAAAGCAAAUUCCCACCUGUCCAUUAAACAUGAGGGUCCUGUGGAACGGAUACAGUCUGCUGUACCUGGAGGGUCAGGAGAAGGCUCACACUCAGGACCUGGGUCAGGCGGGGUCGUGUAUGCGUGUAUUUUCCACCAUGCCGUUCUCCUCCUGUAACAUGGGAUCCUGCUCUUACGCUAGUCGUAAUGACAAAUCCUAUUGGCUGUCGACGACAGCGGCCCUCCCCAGCAUACCUGUGGGCGGACCCCCCAUCGCAGAGCACAUCAGCCGUUGUGUGGUGUGCGAAGCCCCUUCCUCACCUGUGGCACUGCACAGCCAGACCUCCAACCAGCCAGACUGCCCCCCCAGGUGGACCAGCCUGUGGACGGGAUACUCUUUUCUCAUGCAUACAGGUGCAGGUGAUGAGGGCGGGGGCCAGUCUCUGACGUCAUCAGGUAGCUGUCUGCCGGACUUCAGGGCCCAGCCCUUCGUGGAGUGUCAGGGGCCGCGGGGAACCUGCCAUUAUUUUGCCAACAUCUACAGUUUCUGGCUGACCAGAGUGGACUUGAGCCCCUCCAUCUCCAACAGCUCCUCCACCACACUAACCGACGGCUGGCAGCAGAGGGGGAACAUCGGGAGGUGCAACGUCUGCAUGAGGGACUGAGGGGGAGGAACACCGCCUCUUCCUGCACGAAGGAGCGGUCGGGCGCCUUUCGUUUACCAAGAAGGAGGUGAAGCCUCCAUUGAACUCCCCCCUGCAGGACGGAGCGAGCAUCUCCUCCACGGGGCGGACGCAUAAGAUGAGACUCGUUUAUUUGUCUCAGUGAGGAGAGACUGUCACAUUAAAGACAAUGCUGCCAAUCAUUCAACUAAUCCAUCAACCAAUCAAUCAAUCGAUCCUGGUCAGAUCAUCAGGAGUGACUCAUAGCAGCACAAACCAUCAAACUGAUUGACUUUGUCACAGACACUCAAUGUUUUAGCGUUUCAUUUUCGGUUUCACAACAGAGUCUGCUGAACUUCUGACCUGACAACAUCAUCAACCUCGUCUUUUUUCUGUUUCCUGAUUAUGAACAUGUUAAUAUUUUUAGUGUGCUGGUUGUCAGUUUUGACGUUCACCUCUAGGAGGCGCUAAUGUCAGAAACAUUUUAAUCUUACACAUUGGAGCAAAACAUCCAGCAACAGAAAGUUGAGUGGUUGUAACAGUUUCAACAUUAACAGUGACAAUUAUUUUUUAGUCAUAAUUUUGUGUAAAUUGCAAAGUUGUUUUAGCCCCCGUUUGUAAUUUCAAACCUACGGCAACGCCCACGGAAACCAGCCGCGCACAUCGCAGUCAUAACCACAGGCUGUAUAUAAAGAUGAUGACAUGUCUCUUCUUCCUCUUGUUGGAAAAAAAUGAAGCUAAAUUAUCUCACAAUCAGGAGCCGCCAUCUUGUGCUGGUGACGUCAUGUGGAGUCAGAGUCUGUGCAGUAGUGAUCGUGGAGCCGAGCCGUGGUAUUGAGGCCCCGCCCACACCCACACACACACACACCAAUCCUGAGUCAGCGUCAGCCGUCAAUCAUGACGUAUCUAAUGAGAAGCAAAGUGAUCAGAAACAUGAACACGUGAACAAACAUCAGUGUGAUAAGAACUAUGUCACAUGACAGAAGGAGGCGGGGCUUAUGACCUGUACCCCAGCCAGACACCAGGGGGCGAUCAGGAUGAUUUGGCUUUACUUUUGGGGAGUCGUCCAUCUUUAUUUACACUUAUUGAUCAUAUCUCAUUGCUCAAAGUUCGACACACUGUAGUUGGGCUGCAAAGAUAAAAACACGUCACAAAAAAAUACAUUUGAAUAUUUUUUUGAGUAAUAAAAUUACAUUUCAUCAA